UGAUGAUGGUCUAUCUCUAUCCAAAAGAGUUGGCGUGUUGGUGAAACCAGCUUCACCAAAGUUCCUAAAAGCAGUGAGAGAGAGAGAGAGCGAAUAAUAAGUUACAAAACGAAGAGUGCUAACAAAUCCAUUUCACCAUUUUCACUCAUUCUUCUAACUAGGUUUACAUGAUUGUCUGAAUGAUCCGUGGCGGAUGGUUCCAGAGUUAAUUCCUGCAAUUUUUGUUGAUGAAUCUACCUUAGUGAAUCUGUGAAGAUUAAAGAAUAGUUUGUAUAUUUAUAUAUAGAAGAUUCAAAAUGAGUUGGAAUCCGCACAUGGAAGUUCAUUACAAUAACGUCAGCUAUCCCUAUAAUACAGCAGGAAGCUUUAUUGAAUAUUUUGAAGGCCUCACCUACGAGCAUGUUAACUUUAUUUUUUCCGGCGCAUCACAUGCUCAGGAGAGUCAGUACCCUGCAAAUUCAAACUUUUACAAGUUUGGGUUAUCGGAACCUGAGAAUACUUCAUACUACCGCUACAAUCAUGGUUAUGAGGUAAAUCAUCAUGAACCACUUGUGGAUGAGUAUAGGAGGCCUUCAGAAAAUUCUUCAACGAUAAGUGAACCGACUCUGGUUGUAAGCCCGGAAUGGGGAGAAGAUGGAAACACCGAUACACAAGACAAUUCUUUUGAAUGUCCACGAAGACAUCAUAGUAAUUCCAAUGAUUCUCAGGUCAUUUGGCAAGACAAUAUUGAUCCCGACAACAUGACCUAUGAGGAAUUACUUGAAUUAGGGGAGGCUGUUGGAACUCAAAGCCGUGGUCUCACCCAAGAACAGAUCUCCUUGCUUCCAGUUUCAAAGUUCAAGUGUGGGUUCUUCUUUAGGAAGAAGUCACGGAAUGAGAGAUGCGUGAUUUGCCAGAUGGAAUAUAAAAGAGGGGACAAGAGGAUUACUUUGCCAUGCAAACAUCUCUAUCAUGCUAGUUGUGGGAACAAAUGGCUUACCAUUAAUAAGGCUUGCCCUAUAUGUUAUACAGAAGUAUUUGCCGACAAAUCAAAACAAAAAUAAAGGACCAGGGAAUGUAUAACCUGCAUAUGUUUCUCUGUUUGAAGGUUGGGUUUUUUUUUUUUACUUUAUAGAAAUACAUUUAUUCGUUUCUCGUAGUAAGAUAAACAAUUUCGUUGGGUUUAGUUGUAAUACAAAGAGAGUAGACCUCAAAAGUUUUAUAAAGAUUAUGGACCGAACAUGGACAUGCUUGAUGGUUGUGUUUGAGAGGCUUGAUUAUGGUUUGUUUUUAUUUUAGUUUUACAGUAUGUUACGAUUUCUCGUACUUAUUAUCACCAGAUUCUGAUACAGUCUUUGUGUUGGAGAGUCUGGAAUACGAAACACAAUUUUUUUUAUGUA